AGGGGGGGGGGGAUUCAGUCCGUCCUGCUGGCGAACACCUCGCUUUCUGGCAAAGCGACAACUUUGAACGCGGGGCGAAGAGAAAAGUUCACCGGGACGAGUUAUCUGCUCCCUCCCUCCCUCCCUUCCUCCCUCCCUCCUUCCCAGCAUCCUUUGGACCCGAAGAGCGGCGGCAUGGAGGAGAGAAGAUGAAGAAGGGAGCAGUAGUGAUAGGAUUAAAAGGUGUGGAGAGAGAGUUGUAGGGACAUGGCGGGACUCCCUCGUGACUCCCGGUGCUCGGACGUGACCUUUGACACCGGAGACGACAGCUUUCCAGACUCUAUUGUGUGCCGUGGUGACCAGCUAAGCUGACAUCAAGUCAUCCACCACACACGCUGUAUUAGUUAUCAGUCAUAUGUGAACUUUUCUCUCCAGACCCACGUCUCCCAAAGGGAAGGGUUUUGAAAGCUCUGCCCACGUGGCAUAGUGUGUAAUCCAUCUGAGAAAUUCCAUCUAUAUUGAUUUUAAUCUUCCUGCAACCCGCUCUCUGGCUCCAGCUCGUGCUCUUCUUGAAUUUAGCGCCCCGCGUUUCUGGUACGGCGCGUGGGAUCGUUUCAAUCUUACGGAUUUAGAGGAAAAGUAGCUUUCAAAUCUGCCCCACUCACGGACUUCUGGCUUCUCGGUAUCUUUCUUGAAGCCAAGUUGAGCCUCGAUUCUGAGAAUGCUUUGAGGAUGACAAGCGUCCGCUGUCGUCCGAUGUCUCACCUGAGCUUUCUGGAUCCUCUGCUUUUCCUGAGCAGGCCUCGGAGUGUCACAGAUCCUCCACAUGUCACUGCGGCUCCUUGUAUCUCUUAGGCUGCACAUUUGCAAGCGUGCAACAAUUGGCGGACCGGUGCGGAUCGCGGCAGCUGCGGGGAUGAAGAGCCGGAUCCGAGGAGACGCUGGGAACGGCAGUAAAUGGGACAGAAGUGGGAAGAAGAUGCUGCUGAUGUGGAUUAUCUUCUCCAGCUCGCUGUGCCUGAUGGUCGAGGGCCAGAUGAAGCUCUCACCAGAAACGGUGCAGAAGUGGGCUGUGUCCUUCGGCAAAGAGAUAUCUGCCCUGUCCACCAGAUACUCUGGAGCUAAACUGCUGCAGAAGAAAUACAAGGAUAUCGAGGCAGCGGUGAAGAUAGAGGAGGUGGUGGGAGAGGAGCUCGCAAAAAAGUUUGCCGAGGAGAUGGAGGAGAUGCUCGGGAGGAAGAUGAAAUCUGUGAAGAGGCUGGCGGAAGCGGCGGAGGACGCCGACCUUUACCACGAGUACAACGAAACCCUAAUGUUUGAUUACUUUAACUCCAUGCUGAUCAACACGGUGGAUGGCAAUGGGAACCCGCCGGCACUGGGGGGAGACUUUGCUCUGGAGAAGAACGAACACUUCAAUAAACUGCCGGUCAACACACAACUGAGUAACAUACAAGUCCCUACUAAUGUUUACAACAGAGAUCCAGAUAUUCUGAAUGGAGUCUACAUGUCGGAGGCUCUGAACGACGUGUUCAUUGAUAACUUCCAGAAAGACCCGACCCUGACUUGGCAGUACUUUGGCAGCGCUGCAGGCUUCUUCCGGUUGUACCCAGGGAUCCAGUGGAUUCCAGAUGAAAAUGGUGUGGUCACCUUUGAUUGCAGGAAUAGAAACUGGUACAUCCAGGCCGCCACUUCUCCCAAAGACGUGGUCAUCGUGGUGGACGUGAGUGGCAGCAUGAAGGGGCUCAGACUGACCAUCGCCAAACACACCAUCAACACAAUCCUGGACACACUGGGGGAAAAUGACUUCGUUAACAUCGUCGCGUACAGUGAUUACGUCCGCUACGUGGAGCCCUGCUUCAAGGGCACGCUGGUACAAGCUGAUCUGGAUAACAGAGAGCACUUCAAGCUACUGGUCGACGGGCUUCACGUCAAAGGCGAGGGCAAAGUCAAAAAUGCAAUGAAGGAGUCGUUCAAGAUCCUCAAUGAGGCUGCAGCGCUGGGCCAGGGCAGCCUGUGUAACCAGGCAAUCAUGCUGAUAACAGACGGCGCCAUGGAGGACUUCCAGAGUGUUUUUGAAGAGUUCAACUGGCCGGAACGACGGGUUCGAGUUUUCACCUAUCUGAUUGGACGGGAGAUGACGUUUGCUGAAAACGUUAAAUGGAUCGCCUGCAACAACAAGGGUUACUACACACACGUCUCCACGCUGGCUGACGUCCAGGAGAACGUCAUGGAGUACCUCCACGUUCUCAGCCGACCAAUGGUCAUCAACCACGAUCACGACAUCAUCUGGACUGAGGCCUACAUGGACAGCGUGCUGUUCAACAGUCAGGCCCAAAGCCUGCUCCUUAUGACCUCUGUGGCCAUGCCCGUGUUCAGCAAGAAAAAAGAGACCUUGUCACAUGGGAUUCUGCUGGGCGUCGUGGGAACGGAUGUGGCUUUGAAGGAACUGAUGAGACUAGCUCCAAGAUACAAGCUUGGUGUCCACGGUUACGCUUUCCUCAUCACCAACAACGGCUACAUCUUAUCUCACCCUGACCUGCGCCCUCUGUAUAAGGAGGGGAAGAGGCUAAAGCCAAAACCCAACUACAACAGCGUCGAUCUGAUGGAGGUGGAAUGGGAAGACACCGAGGAGAAACUGAGGACCGCCAUGGUCAGAGGAGAAACGGGGACGAUGGCGCUGGACGUGAGAGCAUCUGUGGAUAAAGGAAGGAGAGUGAUGUUCCUGAAGAACGAUUACUUCUACACCGUCAUCAAUGAGACACCGUUUAGUCUGGGUAUAGUGCUGACUCGAGGAUAUGGACAGUACAUCUUCAUUGGAAACGUCUCUGUUGAGGAGGGUCUUCAUGACUUGCUGGCUCCAGACCUGACCAUAGCCAGUGAAUGGACCUACUGUGAGACAGAUAUUGACCCGGCCCAUCGUAAGCUGAGCCAGUUGCAGGCUGUGGUGCAAUACCUCACUGGCAAAGAACCACAUCUGGAGUGUGAUGCGCAGUUGUUGCAACAGACUCUAUUCGAUGCCGUGGUCACGGCCCCCAUGGAAGCCUACUGGACCGCUCUCAUGCUCAACACCUCUGGUAUGGACGAGGGGGUAGAAACUGCGUUCUUGGGGACCCGUUCCGGCCUGAUGAGGUUCCAGAGAUACGCUGGUGUUGAGAAAAGAAUUGGCAAGACUUUCCUGACCUCCACAGACAUGGAGAACAUGUUCACAUUGGACCAUUUCCCAGUGUGGUACCGCCGAGCGUCCGAGUACCCUGCUGGACAGUUUCUCUACUACAUGCCCAGACAGGAGACUAGAGACGUAUUCAGGGACUAUGAGGCCGACUAUAGCGCCACCUUGAGUGAAGAGGAGGUGGAGCUUGAAGCGGAGGAGGCAGGGAGGAUAGUCAUCGCCACCACGGCUGUCACCGUAACGGUGGGAAAGAAAACUGCCAUCGCGGGAGCCAUCGGUGUCCAGAUGACUCUGGACAUGAUUGAGUCUAAAUUCUGGGCUAUUGCGUCACAGCCAAAUGACACAGACUGCUCUGACACGGACGGGGUUUGUCCUCUUCGGUGUGACAGCUUUGAUAUCGCAUGCUACGUGAUUGAUAACAAUGGCUUUGUCAUCAUUUCCAAAGAGCGUACUGAUGCGGGCCGAUUUUUCGGUGAGGUUGACGGAUCAGUGAUGACGACGCUUAUCAAAAUGGGCAUGUUCAAAAGGGUCUCCCUGUUCGACUACCAGGCCAUGUGUAAGAUGAACCUGCACUCUGUCAGCAGCGCCCGGCCACUUCUCAGUCCGUUCUAUGGUUUGGCUUCAGCCCUCAAGUGGUUCCUCUCCAACUUCCUAUUGUUUCUCCUGGAGUUCAAUAUCUGCGGCUUCUGGCACACGGACCAUUUUGCUGAUGCCAAGCCAUCUUUCAGCGUGUCCUCAGCUCAUAAGAAAAGAGGGGACAUGCUGCAGCCGUGCGACACAGAGUACCCCAGCUUCGUCUACGAGCCGUCAGUCAAGGAGACCAACAGCAUCAUUAAGUGCGGACGCUGCCAGAAGAUGUUUGUGGUGCAACAGAUCCCAGAGAGCAACCUGCUGAUGUUGGUGGUGCAGGCCGACUGUGACUGCUCCAGACAGUACUCACCCAUCACCAUGGCGCCCGAGGAAGUCAAAUAUAAUGCCUCAGUGAAGUGUGACAGGAUGAGGUCCCAGAAGAUUCGCCGACGCCCCGAGUCCUGCCACGCCUACCACGCCCAGGAGAACGCCAAUGACUGUGGAGGAGCUUCUGUUAUAUCUCUCUCUGCCUCUGUCUUUCUCACCUGCCUCUUCUUUGCCAAAUGUGUCUCCUGAUGAUGGACAACUUUGCAUAUAAAGGAGGGCAUUGGAAUGAUUCCAGAGAUGUGUUUGGACACUGGACACCUCAAGUGGAUUUCUUGUUUGUUUUUUUAAACUAAUGUUGCACAUUUUGCUCAUGGCAUUUUUGCUCCACGGAUGGACCCAUGAUGGGGGGGGGACGGGGGGUUUCUCAUUUCCCAAAUCCCACAGAACUUGAAAUUGCAAACACACACAUGCAUAUUAUAUAUGCAGCUGCAAGCAUGUAACACUCUUGUCACCCUGAGUGCUACGUCUACCUAUCGAAAACGCAUUUCUAGCCAUUAAAUAAGAGAAGGGCUGCGGCAACAUAUGGUAAACAUUGUGGUGUAACACCAGUUUUGCUGCUGAAAGUUUGUGUUUUACAAGGGUGUUUGCAAUAUCAGUUUCUGUAACUCUUCUGGAAAUCUCAAGGGGGUGAUGGCUCGGUACCAAGAAAGAACUGGAGUUGAUACAAAUGAUAAUUAUAAAAUCGGAAUGGAAAGCCCCUUCACCAUCUUAUUUUUUACUUGGAUUGCAUCCAGGCAUGUUGUUUUUGUGACAUUUCUUUUAUUUUUAAGUCUGCCUUUCUGUCUUUAUCAGCUGUGUCUUUCUGUGUGUCUGUAUGUUCUGUAUGUUGUCAUGCUUGGCUGGACAACACUGUGGAAACAGAAUGUAGGUCUACAAUCAAAUUGGAUAACACAUGAAGGUUGAUCCGACCAGGUUGGUUAAAAUAGUUUUUUGUUGAUUUAUAAUAACGCAAUUACAUAGUUUCAAAGAAAAGCAAGUACAAAUACAAUUCCCGCAAAAAGUCGCAGUGCCAAAACGUUUUUUCCUGAAAAUCAUUUUUAUGGCGGUGACACAAGAUUGCUGUGUGGAAAAAAAUUAAAGAGGUCCCAUAAUUGCCAUGUAAAUUAACAGUGUAAAUCUGAUUGAAUGGGGUAUUUUUGUAUUGUUUUUUUUUCAUAUUUUGAACAUAAGCAUUUCAUUGUGUUUUGGGUUGUGAGUGUCCCUUUGGCUUUUUAAAUAUUUCUGAAUCAUCUUGCAAAGCAUGUCUUUACGUUAAGCCUAUGAUGACAAAAUUGCCUGUUUAUGUCAUAGACUCAGAUACAUAAUGUUUGUCAGUGUGCAUCAUUACAGGAUGUUGUGUUUUGCUGAGAUUAUCUGGAUAAUUUUAAUACUUUGUCUCGUAUUUAUUCAUUAUUUUCACUGUACAAUAUCCUGUAUAUUGUACGGUUAACAUGUGACCAAGUUAUAUGUAUGUUUGCUGACUGAAGUCUGGAUUUGAUCAACUAAAUUAAAUGAUCUACAUGGAUUUUGUACUGUA